UUUCCCCCCUCACUGUUAGAGUGACCAUUUCUCUCGGAUGUGAACACGUAGAGAUAACGGGACAGCUGCGGUGCCAACCAGACAAUUACAGCCAACCAGCGACAUGGGUCCGAUUAAAUUUAUAUGCGCGAUCGUCACCAGAGCGCUUUUUAUCCUGGUUGCUCUCUGCGGAGUGUUGAGAGUGACUCAAGUGAAAAAAGAUCACCUUUGCUGGCUGCUGGCUUUUCUUUUGUUGCCGCUUGUUGUGGAAAUGAUAAUAACCCUGAGGAGGCGAAAAGGACAGGAUUACAAAUGGUUUUCCCCCCCUAUCUUCCUGUUUCUCAUUAGUAUCAUUCCCUCCAUGUGGUUUCUGGAGCUCCACCACCAGCAGAAUAAAAACAACAUGAUUCAGUGUAAAAAGCUUGAUUCUUUGGGACUGUUGAAUCGAAGCAAUGCCCAGGGAAACAUCACAAUCCAGGAUUUCCUGAAGAGUAUUGAUGAGGUGUGGUCUAACGUCUGCUUGAAUGACUGGAUCCUGGCUCUUCAUCAGAUCCUGCUCAUCCUCCUCAUUGUGGGGAAGUGGAUUUUGCCCUUGGGAGGUGGGGUCACAAGAGAUGAGCUGUCUCAACUUCUUCUAAUCUUUGUUGGCACAGCAGCGGACAUCCUGGAAUUUACUAGUGAGACGCUGUUAGUUAUCGAAAAUAAAAAUGAUGUGCUAGUCUACGUCAUCUUAGGUGUAUGGACCUGGAGUAUGUUGCAGUUUCCACUGCAUCUAUCAGUGGUGAACACCAAACCUGACAGAGAGGCUGAUCCAGGCGUGCGGGAGGACUCCCUCUUGACCAAACACAGCACUGACAUAUGGAACAUUGUUCAGGCCUUGUUUAUCCAGGAUGGGCCUUUUCUGAUCGUCAGGCUUUCAGUGAUGACCUACUUAAAAGUCUUCCAUCAGAUGCUCGUCUUUUUCAGCAUCAAGAACUUCCUAGUGGUUGUAUUGAACUUGUACAGGUUUGUCAUUAUAUGCCAGGACUUCAGAACCUCCAUUGGCAAUAAUGCCAGGGGAAUCCCAUGAGUUUAAUGAGUGAACACAAAACUCUGAGCAGCCUCGCUGGGCAGCAAGGUGAUGCAAAGCUCACAGUACACAUGUGACUUAACUGCCUAGCAUCCAGCUCAUUUCAUUGAUAUUUCAGUCUAUGAAAGUUUCAUUUAUGUAGUACUUAUAUCUGAUUAUAAAUACAUGACCAAGCUGAUUUAAAAUUUAAUUUCAGCUAUGUACUGUACAAACUGUUUGAAUGAAUAACUUAUGUGGCCACCAGUUUACCAGAGACACAGCAAAACAAGGAAACAGAGCAGAACAGGAAAAAUGUGUGAAGGUCACAGAAACAAAUAUCCCCAUUUAGUGACCUGAAAAUAGUUUAGAUCCACAAUACUAAGCCUGUCAGCACUAUACAAUACAUGGCUGUACAGCUCCACUGCCUCUGCUUCUCAGUGCGGCAUACAAUAACUGAAGCCCGAGGCUGUUACAGUAGGUAAGAAUUUAGUGGUGUGUAUAUGAGAGGGCGUGAGGCCACCAAGAACAGGAAGAGAGAAGGAUGGGAGAGAUACAAUCACACAGAGGCUGUGAGGUGUUGACAGAAGCUGAGAUUGAGGGACAGCAUUUUUACUAUUUUAACCCAGACAGGAAGUUACAGCUGAUUAAAACAAACCCUGCGUGGCAGCUGGCAGUUUGAGAAAACAACUUUAGCAACAGUGGAUAAUUGUGCUGUACUUUGAUUGAUGGUGUAUUGUACCUCUUGGAUGGUUGUGAUUUAAGGAAUUACAGAUUUUAAAAAAAGUCUUCAUUUUCACCCAACUCAUCUGAUUGUUGUAACUUAAUAACUGAAGUGGAUGAAUUUACUUGCCUUUUAAAUACCUUUAAAUUAAGGAGACCAAACACAUCCAGGAAAACUGCACUCAGGUAAUGAGCUCUGUCUGAGUUUAUUCAAGGCCUUUAAAAUGUCAACUCAGGGUUAAGAUGCUAAUAAAUCAGUAUUAAUAUUAAUUAAUACCAAUUUAUUAGUAUUAGUAUUAAUAUUAAUUAACUCUGGUAUAUGUGAAGAUGUGAAAUUUACCUGGUAAAAGAAAAAACAUGUGCAUAUUCUUUGGUUCUGUUAUUUUUAGUGCAUUAUUUUCCAAACGACACCAAAAUAGCAUUUUAUCAUGUUGAGGUCUUAUUUUUUCUGCAUUGAAUCAACAUCAUUAAAUGACGAGGCUCUGCCUCACUUUACUUUCUCGUUAUUUGUUCCCUUCAAUUAUUAGCUUUUAAACAGCCCGUGUCACUGUCAAUACACACGAACACAAACCUCUGAGUGUCCUCUGAGUAUGUAUUUCAUCUUACUUCUCAUACAAAGAAUGGAUAAUGAGGUUCACUGCUCACCCAUACAUCAUAGCCUCACCUUAAAAAGCAAAAACUGAAUCAGUUUCAUAUAAAAUCCAUCUUAAAAACGCAUUUAUGUUGUGUAAAUUGUAUCAUGUUGUACAGUACAUCUAACCUGCAAAUUGUCUACUGUCUCCCCUUUGUGGACAAUCAGUGUAUUAACACUUUGAUGCCAUCUAUGGACAGAUUCUGAUAUUGAAUCAGUGAAUCUUCACACAGUUUUCGUUUGAGAUUUUGCAUCAGAACUGGUUUUGUUUGAGUUUAGACGGUUUUCAGCUCUCUAUGAAAUCCCUAUGCUGUCAAACUGUCAUGAGUUUUUUUUUUUAAUUCGCUGUCUGUACAGCAGCCACAGACUGUCACAAUGAUCUGAAAUGUCAGAAAAUUGAAAAUACACAUUUUGCGCCUCCAUCAUGGCCCCACUGUUUGACAGGUGUGCUGAGGUGUAGUGUUUGCAUGCUGAGUAAAACAGUUAAACAACAUGUUUAAAGUCUGCUUCAGGAUUCCCGCAGGAGUCCAGUUGCAGUUUUUCUCAGUCGUUUUGGUGCGAUUCUCACAUCAGAAGCACCAAUCUCACUGCUUUUAAUCUGCUUCAAGGUUGUGCUUUCAAUUGCUGACCCAUGAUUGGCUGAUAUUUGCAUUAAUGAGCAGUUGCGCAGGUGUACCUUAAAAAAGUGUCUGCUGAAUGAAUGUAGCAUGACCUUACUGGUCUAUACUGUAGUUGGUACUAUGCUCUCAGAUUGUGCAUAUUUUCUUUGUCUGUUUUCUGAUGCAGUUUCAUGUGUAUCAUUUUACUU